UGUGUGUGUGUGUGUGUGUGUGUGUGUGUGUGUGUGUGUGUGUGUGUGUGUGUGUGUGUGUGUGUGUGAGCGUGUGUUAAUAUUUGUGUCUGCGCGUGACACACUGUCGGUGCGCGGUGUCGCGUCAUGGCUGCGCGAGAGCCUGAAAACGGAGUAAGGAGAUCUUCCAGACACGACAACAUUAUUCCUAAUAAAAAUGAAAGUGAAAAUCCACCUGAGAAAGAUGAGGAGAGGAGAAAGUGGAACGUCGGGAAUUACUGGGGCUUCUCAUUAGAAGGAAUAUUCGGGCUCGCGCUUAAAUUUUUCAAAGAAAUGAAUGGCAAGGCUUUUAAUCCAACAUAUGAAGAAAACCUGCUAUUUGUUGCACUUCAGAAACAAGUCUUACUCGGACCUUAUAAUCCAAAGUUUUGCCCCGAGAUUGGGUUCUUUGACGUCCUGGGAAAUGACAGAAGAAAGAAAUGGGCAGAGCUGGGUAGCACAGCAAAGGAGGAUGCCAUGGAGGAGUUUGUGAAGCUUCUGUACAACUGCUGUAGUCUGUUUUCUGCAUAUGUCACAUCUCAUAAGAUCGAGAAGGAGGAACAUGAGAGGAAAUUAAGAGAGGAAGAAGAACGUCAAAGGCUGGAAAGAGAAGAGCGACAGGGGAAAGAAGAACGGGAGAAGAUGAGACGAGAGUCUGAUUGCUUACUAAACACCCAGCAGAAGCAACGGAUGACGAUUGCUCUGAAUGCGCAGACACCGGUUCAGUUCCGGCAGAAUGCAGAGGGAAAGACCUCCAAAAGCUCAGAACAGCAGCAGCAACUCAUCCAACAGCCUCAAGAGACACAUUAUCAAGAGUGUAUACAGCAAGCACACCAUACACACCAAGUCAAACAGGACAAGGAUGAAGCUCCAUCACCAGCUUCAAAUGACAUGGCUUCAAUUACGAAUCCGAUCAACCCUUCAGACUCAUCACAGAGGGAAAUGUCUGACGCGAACCCCAAACAAUGUCAUUUAUUCAUAGAAAGCAACCCAGGAGAAUUUCCCAUCAUGGCACCCUCCAUGUGGACAAUGCCUCAGGUAAACGAAUUCAAAGCGAAGACCAAGCAGGAUGCAGAGUCUGUGAUCACUGUUGGGAGAGGCGAAGUGCUAACCGUGCACAUCCCCACCCAUGCUGAUGGAUCUAUGUUCUUUUGGGAAUUCGCAACUGAUUACCAUGACAUUGCCUUUGGCUUGUACUUUGAAUGGCCAAACACAGUAAAUGGUGUGGGAACUGAGAAGGUUGUGGAGUCUGUAUCUGAAAAGAGAGAAACAGGCCAAGCUGAAGAGGCAAAUCUAAAGUCUGAGAAGAAAACAGGAAGUGUGGUCCCUCGGGUUAGCGAGGUGGUUCCGCUCUUUCGGCGGGACAGCCACGAGAGCGUAUACGCAGGCAGUCACCAGUACCCAAGCCAAGGAGUUUACUUGCUCAGAUUUGACAAUUCUUAUUCGCUCUGGAGGUCAAAGGUUGUCUAUUACAGAGUCUACUACACCAGUCAGAUUUAUUAGAGACACACCUAGUCUGAUAAGCUAGCCAGAGCAUUGAACUUCUCACACACGUUUAUGUUUUUUACUGAAAUAAUAUGUUAAUAAUAGGCUUCCAAAACGUUCAGACGCUCACACAAACUCUACAUUGUGUGCAGGUUGGCUUCUGGCUUAAACUGUGCUUAACUUUUUAAUGAACAGGCUGUGACCGAAAUCUAGGGUCAAAGGUCUUAGCUGCUUUGUUUACUGAAGGCUAAACAUAUCGUGCUUUACACAAUACAGAACCAUGCUUUAAACAUAACCACCAUGAAGAAAGCAAUAUAUCUUGAAGUGCUAUUUAAAUGAUUGUUUGAAUAAUUAUGGAUGGAAAAAUACUCCAGAAGUUAUGGUUUUUUAAGCGCUAAAAAAAAAAAAAAAAACACCCAGUGCUAGAAAUAAUCAGAAUAAUCAAAAUUAAUGACCCAAAUGAUACCAAAUUAUUUAUUAUAGAGAACCACACUAGGUUGUGUUUCAUAUUGUUUCCAUCUUAAUGAUAGAGAUUUUAUUUUUUUACACCAAAUCCUGAUCGAGUAUUUUGUCCUCAUAGAUCCUUGGACUUCAUAAUACCAUUUUUUCGGGUAUAGUCUCUAACAAACUCUUAUGGCCAUGCAUUGUAGGCUGAUUGUGAUCUCUGAAUUGUCUGUAGUGUGUAAAUGGGUGCAUGAGCAUUUUGUGCCCUGUGAUGGGUUGGCACCAGGUCCAGGGUGUCCCCUGCAUUGUGUCCCACAUUCCCUGGGAUAAGCUUCACGUUCCAUACAACCCUGAGCAGGAUAUGUGCUACAGAACAUGGAUGGACAAAUAUUGAUUUUCUGCCCACUUCAAUAUUAUGGACUUGUGUAGAUGAUAUAAUACAAGGCACCUUAUCUUACUACAUCAUUUUAUCAUCUCGGUUCCAUAACACCGAUCUACAGUAUUCCUUGACAGUCCUAGUUACAGUAACUACAGUAGCCCUUUCCUUAAAUCGUUUACAUUAAAUAUUGACAAAAUGACACAUUGACAACCUACAACAGAAAUUUCUCACCAGCAUUCCUUCAUUUUUUUUUUUAUGUAUAUUUUUAAUGUUCUUACACACUGACCUGUAAUUAUGGUUUCUAUGAUUCCAACACAAAUGUUCUGUUAAAUGAUUGAAGUUUGUUGUACUUUAUUGUAAUUUAUUUUAAUGGUUAAAAGGUCCAAACAGUGAUUUUCAAAAUUUGUAAUAAAUCAAAAUUUGUAAUCUGCACAUUAAUAUCUUUAGAAUUUUCUCUAUGCAAAUAAAUCUUAAUGGUUAUCAGUA